AAAUACGCACUCUUCUUCUCAAUCCUCAGAUACGUCCCGACAAUUGGAUUAAGACACAGUCGAUGAUUCACGGGAUUAUAGGCGAACACUUGUGGAAAUCAUGCAACUCGUACGCGAUAAUCUCUUUCACUUCAAAAAACGCUUGAAGACAAGGGGAAAUUCACCUUCGAGGCAAAAUGAGCAAGAGUGUAGAAUUGUUGUCUGGCACCGAGGACGGUGAAGCAAAUGAUCAAUCGUCGAAAGCAGACAAAUCCCACCUGAAUCUCAACGGCAAGAGACAAUUGUCAAGAAGUGCGACAGAACUGAGGGCGAACGAUGAGGAUCCAACGAAUCGUCCCGCAUCGAGCACUGAGCACCGUCGUUCCCAUCACCAGCCGCAUCCUCAUCACCGACCGGUUGUCUCAGUCGCUCAAAGAACCCACACCUUUUUCGCUACACUGAAGAGCCGGUGGGUGAGAGGACGGAGCAAAGAGAGGAAGAAAGCUAAGGAAUCUAAUCUCCAGGAUUCACCUCAUCGGAGUGGGGGAAUCGAGUCUGACUAUGCUGCGGAUUACUCCUCCGAGCAUAGUAGAAGUUCCUCGGCAACCCACAGCCCUGCUAGGGCUCUCAAUCAUCCAGGAUCCCCUUUAGCACGAAAUAGCAAAGACAAAUCUGUGGAAGACAGCCCAGGAAGAUGCAGUGACGUCUCAUCAAAAAGCAGUCAUCCCAGAUCAAGAGAAGCAGAUAUUGACGAUGACGCCGGUCCCUCCACUGCCCCCGAUCCCGGGAUAAUCCUUCAGGACGAGAGUUCACGUCGACGUGAACUCGCACUGAGACAGCAUGCCUUCUUCCAGCUACGUCUGCACAUUCGUAAAGGCGCGAAUCUCGUCGCUAUGGAUCGAUGUGGCGCAAGUGAUCCGUACGUGAAGAUCAAGUGCUCCGGUCGUUUGCUACACAAAUCUAGGACUGUUCAUCGUGAGCUCAAUCCUAUCUGGGAUGAGAGCGUUACUCUGCCCAUUGAGGACCCAUUCCAACCGCUUAAUAUCAAGGUCUUUGAUUAUGAUUGGGGCCUUCAAGAUGACUUCAUGGGCGCAGCACCAUUGGAGCUAACUCAACUGGAACUAGGACAACCUCAAGAUAUAACUCUCGAAUUGAAGGAUCCAGCGAGACCGCGUCAGCAUUUAGGGGAGAUAUUCCUGACGGCGACACUCUGGCCUCGUAACCAACAAGAGAAAGAACAGUAUUUUCAACGUACAAACAGACUGGCGGAUGUUAAUCGAAGAUUGAAGUCGCAGAUAUGGAGUUCAGUGGUGACCAUCGUCCUGGUGGAGGCGAAGAAUUUAAUUCCCAUGGAUAUAGAUGGUGAAUCGGAUCCUUACGUCAAAUUCAGGCUGGGAACCGAGAAAUACAAAUCCAAAGUGGUCAACAAGACCGUUAACCCAGUAUGGUUAGAACAAUUCGAUCUGCAUCUCUACGAAGACCCCUACCUCGGCCAAGAGCUCGAAGUCACUGUCUGGGACCGAGACAAGGGCCACCAGGACGAUCUCAUGGGUCGCACGACAAUCGAUCUAGCCGGUUUAGAACGGGAAACCACCCACCGGAUCUGGCGUGACCUUGAAGAUGGUGCAGGCAAUAUCUUCCUGCUCCUAACAAUCAGCGGCACCACCGCCAGUGAAACAAUCAGUGAUCUUGCCGCGCAGGAGGAAAAUCCAAAGGAGAAAGAACGCCUCCUGCAAAAGUACUCCAUCUGGAAUACUCUCCAGCGCCCUCGGGACGUGGGUCACCUCACGGUAAAAGUCUACAGAGCACAGGGACUAGCAGCAGCAGAUUUAGGCGGCAAAAGUGAUCCAUUUUGCGUCCUGGAGCUCGUGAACUCUCGCCUGCAAACGCAAACAGAGUACAAGACUCUCGCUCCUAAUUGGCAGAAGAUCUUCACGUUCAAUGUCAAAGACAUAAACUCAGUAUUAGAAAUCACAGUUUAUGAUGAAGACAGAGACCACAAGGUUGAGUUCCUAGGAAAGAUAGCAGUUCCUCUUUUGAGAAUAAGAAAUGGAGAGAAACGGUGGUAUGCUUUAAAAGACAAGAAGCUUCGCUGCAGGGCGAAGGGUAAUUCUCCCCAGAUUCUCCUGGAGAUGACAGUGAUUUGGAACUAUCUCAGGGGAUGUGUGAGGACAUUAAACCCUAGAGAACAGAAGUACAUGGAGCCAGAGGUGAAAUUCAAAAGGCAAUUGUUCCUGCGAAAUGUGUUAAGAUUGAAAGCUGUCAUCAUGUUCUUUAUUGAUCUUGGAAAAUAUAUCCAAAGUUGCUGGGAGUGGGAGAGCAAGACGAGAAGUGUUGUAGCUUUGGUUCUGUUCAUCCUUGGGUGCUAUUAUUUUGAACCUUGGAUGAUUCCUGCUGCAGCUCUUCUUAUUAUGCUCAAAUAUUGUCUAGUGUGUGUUCUCACAGCAGACGUAAAAUCUUCGUCGUAUCAUUCCAUGUCGAGUUAUCAGGACGGGGAAAUCAACUCUGAUGAGUGUCCACCGACUCCUGGAGAUGACGAUGAGGACGAGGAUGAUAAGGAUAAGGAGGAGAAAAAGAGCCUUAAGGAGAGGCUCCAAGCCAUUCAGGAGGUCACGCAGACCGUGCAAAACUCAAUUGGGUAUAUUGCGAGUUUGUGUGAGAAGGUCAAGAACUUGUUCAAUUUCACUGUUCCUUAUUUGAGUUAUCUCGCUAUGGUGCUGGCUGUGCUUGGGGUUGUAGUGUUGUACUGUAUACCGGUGAGGUAUUUGAUACUAAUGUGGGGGGUCAACAAGUUCUUGAGGAAGAUCCUGAGACCACAUUCAGUGCCGAAUAACGAGGUGCUAGAUCUUAUCUCCAGGGUACCUGAUGAUGAGGAUCUGCUCAGUUACAGGGAAUUAAAGCCUAUGCCAACAGCUGACUGCGAACGGGGUGGUACAUCAUCAUCCCCAAGCACCAGUGCCGGUGGCAGACGUGAACAGCGAAAAAAGCACAAAGGAGCGUAGCGAAAUGUCCCGCGGCCAGAUGUCGCGGGGAGGCGUACGUCGAGUAUCCUUAAAACGGUGCUGAUGCGGGGAAAGCUGCUCGCUCAGCAGCACUGCCGCAAGGGCUCCACGGAACUGCUCCAAGACGACACGAAAAAAUAAAGUCUCAUAAUGAAUUAAAAACGAUCAAGAAUUGUUCCGUGGACCUCUGAACCAAGAGAAGAUGAACAAUUCUUUCUAGUCUGUAGUUCAGGAUAGACGCCGAAUAACCUGUGAUGGAACGUCAGAAGCAAUUUAACAAUUUAGAUCGUUUAGAUUCCACAGCAAUCUAGCGAAUUGCCAUUCAUUUGCAUUGUUAACGAGUAUGUAAGGAAGACUAAACAACCAAAUUUAGUGAGGAAGUUGUAAAACGAUUUUAUCUCUGAUCUUUCACCAUUUUCCUUCUGGCAAUGCACGCAUGAAAAAAUUCAAUAGAAAACGUUAACGAAUUCGCUAGAAAAUUCUAGUGGAGUU